AUGUUGGGCGAAUCCAAGGCUGCUGCACUGCGAAGAUUUAGGCUGUUGGAGCAGAGAUUAGAAAGAGAAGCGGAAAUGAAGGAGGAGUACCAUCGAUUCAUGCGUGAGUACAUUUCACUUGGUCAUAUGCGAUUGCUCGGUAUGAACCAGCACUCCUUCGGUAAUUUUUAUCUUCCUCACCACCCCGUCGUAAAGGAAUCCAGCACCACGACAAAGGUGCGUGUAGUCUUCGAUGGUUCUGCAAAAUCAUCUACUGGAGUAUCGUUGAACGAGGCACUUCUCACUGGACCGGUUGUCCAGGACGACUUACUGUCGAUUGUCCUCAGAUUUCGGAAAUUUCCUGUGGCACUAGUGGCUGACAUCGAGAAAAUGUACCGGCAAGUUCUAAUUCACCCUGAAGAUACACCUUACCAACGCAUCCUGUGGCGAUUUAACGAGUCUGACCCAAUACAAACCUACGAGUUACUAACCGUCACUUACAGGUUAGCGCCAUCUUCUUUCCUGGCUACGAGAACACUCCAGCAGCUGGCCGACGACGAAGGGACUGCGUACCCGCUGGCUGAUCCUAUAUUACGCAAGAAUUUUUAUGUAGAUGAUUGCCUCGGAGGCGCGCAAUCAGUUGAUGAAGCCUUGCAGCUGCGACACGAAUUGACCGAACUGUUGAGCAAAGGCGGACUUACCUUACGAAAGUGGACAUCGAACAAACUAGAGGUACUGCAGGGACUGUCAUCAGAACAAAUUGGAACGCAAUCAUCAUUUGUAUUUGCACCGCAUGAAUCUGUAAAGGCUCUGGGAAUCGGCUGGGAGCCUGAGACAGAUGAGCUACGUUUCGAAUCGAAAAUUGUUAGCAGGAAGGCACCAGAAUCUAAACGAUCAAUUUUAUCUUCCAUUUCGCAGCUUUUCGAUCCGCUAGAAUUAAUUGCCCCUGUGGUCAUUCGGGGUAAAAUGUUUAUGCAGGAGUUGUGGUUGGCCCACUGCGAUUGGGAUCAACCUGUGCCGAACGCUAUACAAGAAAAAUGGAAAACCUAUCAUCGUGACCUAGCCGGCAUAGCAGAAUACCGCAUCGACCGUUAUGCAUUUCUACCCCAUGCGAAAGUUCAGCUACACACCUUUUCGGAUGCAUCUGAAAGUGCCUACGGAGCUUGUGUUUACGCGCGAUCUACAGACACGCAUGGCAACAUAAGGGUCAAAUUAUUAGCGUCUAAAUCACGAGUCGCACCAUUAGAUCGAAUCACACUCCCCAGGCUCGAGCUGUGUGCAGCAGAAAUUGCAUCGCAGCUGUAUGCACACGUUAAAACCGCUCUGCAACUGGAAAUUUCGGAUGCCCGCUUUUGGUCGGAUUCUACCGUCACGAUUCAGUGGUUGCAAGCGCCAUCUCGUACAUGGAAGACGUUUGUUGCCAACCGGGUAUCUAAGAUACAAACCCUGACACACGGAUAUCGAUGGACUUAUAUACCAGGGAAGGACAAUCCCGCUGACUUGGUUUCCCGAGGAAUGGCAGUUGGCGAAUUUGUAUCGAGUGAGUUGUGGAAGUAUGGACCAACUUGGCUUCGGUUACCUAAAGAAAAAUGGCCUGCAUCUCUCCCGCUGCAUGCACCAGUCAACAACAUCGAAGCCCGGAAGGUAGUUGCUACAAUGGUUCGCGCUAAACCGGCUGUUAAUUCCAUAUUUCUUCGGUACUCGUCAUUCACGUUGCUUGUACGAGUCACUGCUCAUUGUCUGCAAUUUAUUCGCCUAAUUCGACUAAAAGCUCGACCCAAUCCACAAUCCAGACCAGGUACCAGCCAGCUUUUGUCUGUAACGCAAUUAGAAGAAGCAAAAGUGCGAUUAAUCCAGAUUGCCCAAACAGAUGAAUUCAGCCAGGAGAUAAAAGAACUUCAAGCGAAAGAACCGCUACAUAAACAAUCGCAAAUUCGUGCACUUAAUCCAUUCAUAGACCAGCAAGGAACUAUCAGAGUGGGGGGAGUCGCCAAAUUCUACCAUCUGAAACUGCUACACGGUGGUGGCCAACUAACACUUGCCGCCAUGCGCGAGACAUAUUGGCCAGUUCGAGGCAAACGACUUGUGAGAAGUGUGAUUAGAAAUUGCCUCCCAUGUUUACGAGCCAAUCCCGUUCCGGCCCAACAACGCACAGGUCAACUUCCGAUACCCCGUGUUACACCGAGCCGACCGUUCACCGUUACCGGUGUUGAUUAUGCCGGCCCCGUCUAUUUGCGGCCUCCACUUAAGCGAGCAUCCCCAACGAAAGCCUACAUCUGCAUCUUCGUUUGUUUCUCAACUAAAGCCGUCCACAUUGAGUUGGUUUCGGAUCUCACUACUUCGGCCUUUUUAGCAGCAUUUCGACGGUUUUUCUCUCGCAGAGGAUUGCCGGCGCACGUACACUCCGACAACGGUAAAAAUUUCAACACGUUGACACCGGCGCACUUCUUGGUGAGAACCACACUGCAUGCGCUGCCAGAACCAGACCUGCAAUGCCUUCCGAUCAACCGCCUGGAUCACUAUCAACAGCUACAGCAAAUACAUCAGCAGUUUUGGCACAGGUGGGGAACCGAAUAUUUGCACGAGCUCCAGAAGGAUCACAAGAUUUGCCAGGCAAAUGAAGAUAUCGUCCCCGGUCGCUUGGCACUUGUCGUAGAUGAGCUUCAAGUACCGCUGGAAUGGCCACUGGCUAGGAUCGACGGUGUUCAUUCUGGUGCGGAUAAACUUGCUCGAGUAGUCAUCCUAAGAACGAGCAAAGGUAUCAUUAAGAGGCCGAUCGUCAAAGUCUGCUUAUUGCCUAUUAAUGCUGCUGAAACUCCUGUUCCAGAGCCUGCCGCCGAGAUGGACAUCCAGCAAAACGACACCUUGGAGAAAAAUCAGUAA